AUGCAUCGUCCAAUAAUUCGGUGUAAAUUUUUUGCUCGAGGCAAUUGUCGUAAUGGUGAAAUAUGUCCAUUUGCACAUAUUCCACAACAGGAAAUUGUUGAUGUACAGCAAUCAGAUGCAGGAAAUGUUGAUAUGCAGCCAGAAUGUCGUAGACGUCCAACUGGACAGGCAGGUUUUAUAAAUCACGGAUUUAACGAACAUUUCCAAUCACAAUAUUUUGACAAGAGCCGCUAUAAAUGGAUUUCACCUUUCCUAAGAGGAAUCGAAGAAACACAAAUUACAGUGAAACAAAAUGGUACACAUAAGGGCAUUUGUAGUAGUGAUCUUAUUCACAAAUGGAAGUUAGCAACAGAAGUAUCAGGCGCAAAUUUGAAUAAGGAUGCAGAAAUGGAUAUCGAUAGAAGAAAAUCAGAGAAUCCAGAUCGUAUAUCUUCAAGAAAUAAUGAACUAACAUACGAUAGUUGCAGUAAUCUAAUGCAACAACUUUACUCGAAGAUGACAGACUUAACUGUGGAACAAAUAAAGCAGUUCGACGGAUAUGAGUUUGAAUAUGGCAAAGUGCCGACUGUUCCACCUCCAAAGGAAUUUUGUUUCUAA